AUGUUGCACCGAAGCUCUCAUCGUAGCGACUCUGACAGUAUCGAUGUCGAGAAGAAAGACACUGAGGCAAUCGAGGUCGUCGUCGGAUCAGCCCAUGUCAAGGCGGUCACUGAUGAAGAGCGAGCAUGGCUGGCCAGUAUCGAUACCAAGGAGCAGGACCGGAUAUAUCACAAAGUCGAUCGAAGACUAGUGCCUAUGCUGGCUCUGCUAUAUUUGAUUGCCCAUCUCGAUAGAGCCAACAUCGGCAACGCGAAGAUCGAGGGCCUCGAGACGGAUCUGAACAUGGAGGGCAACGACUACAACAUCGCUCUGAUGGUCUUCUUCGUCCCGUACGUGCUGUGCGAGGUGCCAUCAAACAUGCUCUUGUCCAAGUUCUCCAAGCCAAGUACCUAUAUUGGAAUCCUCGUGCUGUGCUGGGGUCUUGUCAUGACUUUCUCUGGCCUUACAAAGUCCUUCGCUGGACUGUGUGGGACUCGGUUCCUGAUCGGCUUCUUCGAGGCUGGCUUUUUCCCUGGCGCUAUGUGGCUCGUCUCGCAAUGGUACCCACCGCAGAAGACUCAGACACGUAUGGCGUGCUUCUACCUCUCCAGCGCCUUGUCCGGAUCCUUCUCUGGAUUGCUGGCCGCGGGCAUCGCGCAGAUGGAUGGUCUUCGCGGAUGGCGAUGGAUCUUCAUCCUCGAGGGUAUCAUCUCUGUCAUCAUCGGAGCCGGCUGCUUCUUCCUCCUUCCUGACUCGCCUUCGAGUGCCAGCUGGCUCAAGCCUGAGGAGGCAAGAUUCCUCGACCUCAGCCAUCUCGCCUACCGCGGAGUCAAGGCCACUCACAACGCCGACGGAACCAAGAAGCCUCAUGUCAACAUGUCUGUCCUCAAGCAAGUCGCUUGCGACUGGCAACUUUACCUCCAGGCGAUGGUCUUCUGGUCUAACGUCGUACCAAACUAUGGCUUGAAAUUCACCAUGCCGUCGAUCAUCAAGUCUAUGGGCUUCACCAGCACCACAGCUCAGCUUCUGACCGCGCCUCCUUAUUUCUGUGGAGCGGUUGCAGCCGUUGUCUCAGCCUUGUUCGCAGACAGGAUCUCCUGGCGCAUGCCCUUCAUCGUAUUCCACCAACUGCUACUGGUGAUCGCCUUUGCCGUCCUGAUGUCCUUUGCGGAUGUCAUUCGCCAGAACGUUGCCUUGUGCUACUUCAUGGUCUGCUUGGCCUGCGUUGGACUGUACCCCAUCAUCCCUGGCAACAACUCCUGGACGGUCAACAAUCUCGCUGGCGCGGAAAAGAGAGCUACUGGCCUGGCAUUCAUGAUUGCUAUCGGCAACUGUGGAGGUUUCGCUGGAUCAUUCAUUUAUCUGCCCGAGGAAGCUCCAACCUACCCGACUGGUUUCGGCUCAUCACUUGGAUUCGCUACUGCCGGUAUCUGUGCUGCUUUCUUGCUCGAGACCUUGUACUGGAUGUCCAACAAGCGGAACGAGCACAUCACCGAGCAAGAGGCUAUCGCUCAAUAUGGCGAGGAGGAGCUGGAGAGACUCGGGGACAAGUCGCCGCUGUUCAAGUACUCUUACUAG